GAAACACUUGAGGGGUUGAAAUUUCAAAACCACAGUAUGUGACAACAACUUUUGGACCUUUAAUUCUACAGGCCCAUUAUCUAUUUCCCUCAGGCCCAAUUUAAUCCAUCGGGAGAUUGGGAAGUGAAGCUUCAACAGUUGUACGAUUUGAUCAGAGAGAGAGAGAUAAAAUCGGAGCUUCUUCAGCAACAAUGGUAAAAUGUCUCCGUGAUGGUUUCUAUUUUGAUUCCUCACAGUUUCUUGCUCACUGUUUCAAACAUGCCUUUGCCUUUGCUUUUUCCUUCUGUGCCAAAAUCUCCGGUGCGAGUAGAGAGAAAAUUCAUAGGUUUUUCUUCGACAAUGGCGAAAAUGGCGGAAUCAAAGCUUCUUCGCUCGCAAUUUUUGCACACACUUGUUUCUGGCUUUCACACUCACCUCAUGAUUCCUGUAGACUUCUUCUUCAAGUCUAUUAGAGGAAGAAGCGUGGAGAAGCCAUAGAGUAGAGCAGAGAUUCUAGAGCAUGUAAACUGGUAAUCCAAAACGGCGACGUUAGCACUCAGACAUGGAGAUGAGAGGAGAGCAUGUAAACUGGAAAUUGCAAUGUAGUGUUGGAGAGAUUUGGAGCUUCUGAAGAUGGCGAAUAAACAUUUCUUCAAGCCUCUUCUUCCUGGCUUCCACAGCCACUUGACAAUUCCUGUAGCUUUCUUCUCAAAGUAUAUAGAAGGAACAAAUGACCAGAAGAAGACGACGGCAAAGCUGAGAUCAGAUGCGUCGAAGAUAACAUGGGAAGUGAAGGUAGAAGAUGGCCAGAGACUCACUGAUGGUUGGAAAGAGUUCGCUCUCGCACACGAUCUUCGAGUCGGGGACAUUCUCAUUUUCAGACAAGAGAAAGACAUGGCUUUCCACGUCACACUCAUGGGACCAAGUUGCUGUGAGAUUCAAUAUGAGCCGUGUGUAGACGACGAGAUCAACCUAGGGAAGAUUCCAAAGAAGAAGAAAGUGAAGAAGAUUCCAAGAAAAGUAACAAAGUCUUCUUCACUAGAUCCCUCUUGUUUUGUGUCAAAUGUCGCGCCUUACACACUACGUUAUGACGAACUGUAUUUCCCAAUGAGUUUUGUGAGGGCAAAUGGUCUAGGAACAAGAUGUGGAAAGAUUGUUCUGAUGAAUGAAAAGGGUACAUCAUGGACUUUAGCUCUAAAAAAAAAGAAAUCUGGAAAGAUGUAUAUACCACGAGGGUGGAGAAGUCUUUGUGGUGCCAAUGGACUCAAGGCUGGAGAUUCCUUCAAACUCAAAUUGAUCCAAGGUGGAAGAACUCUGGCUCUACGUUUGUCCACCACAGAGUCCAAAGAAGAAGAAGAAGAAGAAGAAGAAGAAGAGAGCUCAGAAGGUGACGAAAUAGAGUCUCUUUCCACAGAACGGGAAAGCGAUGACGAGAGCAACCUAGAGGAGAUUCAGAGAAAGAAGAAAGUGAAGAAGAAUCCAGAAAGAGAAAAAGAGUCUUCAUCACUAGAUCCCUCUUGUUUUGUGGCUAAAGUCUCGCCUGCGACCCUACGUCAUGACAAACUGAAUCUCCCAAGGAGUUUUGUGAGGGCAAAUGGCGUAGACCCAAGAUUUGGAGAGAUUGUUCUGAUGAAUGAACAUGGUACAUCAUGGACUUUACUUUUGAAACAAGAGCAAAAUGGAUCUACUUACAUCAGACGAGGGUGGAGAAGUUUUUGUCAUGCCAAUGGGCUUAAAGCUGGAGGUUUCUACACGUUCAAACUAAUCCAAAGAGGAAGAACUCCAAUUCUUAGUUUGUCCUCCCCAGAGUCAGAGCCCGAAGAAGAGAGAUCAGAAGGUAAUGAGGUAGAGUCUCUUUCUACAGAACCGGAAAGCGAUGAAGAGAGUAACCUCGAGAAGAUUCAGAGGAAGAAGAAAGUGAAGAAGAAUCUAAAAAGUGAAAGAGAGUCUUCUUCAUUAGAUGCCUCUUGUUUUGUGACUAAUAUCUCGCGUGCAAGCCUAUGUUAUGACACACUGUAUCUUCCAAAGAAAUUUUCAAGGGAAAAUGGUCUAGACACAAGAUGUGGAGCGAUUGUUCUGAUGAAUGAAAAUGGUAGAUCAUGGACGCUAAAUUUGAAAAUAAAGAGAUCAUGUGGAACUAUGUACAUCACACGAGGGUGGAGAAGUUUCUGUAGAGAUAAUGGACUUAAAGCUGGAAGAUUCUUCACUUUCAAACUGAUCCAAAGAGAAGGAACUCUGGUUCUACGUUUGUCCUCCACAGAGUCAGAAGAAAAGAGUAAUCAAGAUGAGAAAAGCGUUGAGAAACGUAGAUCAAUGUGGAAAGGUUCAUCUUCAUCAUACCAAAACCGAUUUGUGACUUUAACUCUUACACGUAGCAACCUCGAAAGGUCUAGACUGUUUCUUCCAAUACCCUUCACGAGGAUGCAUGGAAUCAAUGAGGAAACUAAAAUGACUCUACUGGGUAAAAACGGUGUGAAGUGGUCUACGGAUCUGCGGUCUGAGAACAGUGGUAAUAGAAUAAUAAUGGCAAGAGGCUGGAAAGAGUUCUUCAAGGCUCACUGUGUGAAGAUUGGUGAAUCGGUCAUGUUCAAGCUGAUUUGGGAAGGAGAGACAAGCUGUGUCCUUACGUUCUGCUCUAAGACAAUUCCUGUAGCUUUCUUCUCAAAGUAUAUGCAAGGAAGAAAUGACCAGAAGACUAUGGCGAAGCUGAGAUCAGAUGCAUCGAAGAUGACCUGGAAAGUGAAGGUAGAAGAUGGCCGAAGACUCACUGAUGGUUGGAAAGAGUUCGCUCUCGCACACGAUCUUCGAGUUGGUGACAUUGUCAUUUUCAGACAAGAGAAAGACAUGUCUUUUCACGUCACACCGUUCGGACCCAGUUGCUGUGAUAUUCAAUAUGAGCAGUGUUUAGACGACAAGAACAAGCUUGGGAAGAUUCCAAAGACAAAGAAAGUGAAGAAUAAUCCAAGAAAAGAAACAGAGUCUUCUUCACUGGAUCCCUCUUGUUUUGUGUCAAAUGUCUUGCCUUCGGCACUAAGUAAUGACGCACUGUAUCUUCCAAACAAUUUUGUGAGAGCAAAUGGUCUAGACGCAAGAUGUGGAGAGAUUGUUCUGAUGAAUGAAAAGGGUAAAUCAUGGACUUUAACUUUAAAACAAAGGCAGUGUGGAUCUACUUACAUCAGACGAGGAUGGAGAAGAUUCUGUAGUGCCAAUGGACUAAAGGCUGGAGAUUUCUUCACUUUCAGACUGAUCAAAAGAGGAGCAACUCUGGUUCUACGUUUGUCCACCAAAGGAAAAGAAGAGAGUGAUGAGAGUGAUGAAGUAGAGUCUCUUUCCACCGAACCGGGAAGCGAUGAGGAGGGCAACCUCGAGGAGAUUCAGAGAAAGAAAGUGAAAAAGAAUCCAGAAAGAGAAACAGAGUCUUCAUCACUAGAUCCCUCUUGUUUUGUGGCUAAUGUCACGCCUUGGAACCUACAAAAUGACAGAGUGAAUCUUCCAAGCAGUUUUGUGAGGGCAAAUGGUCUAGACACAAAAUGUGGUGAGAUUGUUCUGAUGAAUGAAAAAGGUAAAUCAUGGACUUUAAAUUUGAGACGAAGGAAUUCAUCUGGAAUAAUGUAUAUCAGACGAGGGUGGAGAAGUUUCUGUAGUGACAAUGGACUUAGAGCUGGAAGUUUCUUCACUUUCAAACUGAUCCAAAGGGGAAGAACUCUGGUUCUACGUUUGACAGAGUCCGAAGAAGAAGAGUGCUCAGAAGCUGAUGACAUAGAGUCUCUUUCCACAGAUUCCGACAGCGAAGAAGAGAGCAAUCAAAAUGAGAAAAGUGUCAAGAAACGGAAAGCUCCAUCUUCAUCAUCCCAAAGCCUAUUUGUGACAUUAACUGUUUCACCUAGCAACCUCAAAAUGUGUAGACUGUUUCUUCCGGUACAUUUCACGAGGAUGCAUGGCAUCAAUGGGGAAACUAAAAUGACUUUGUUGGAUAAAAACGGUGUGAAGUGGCCUACGGAUCUGCGGUCUGAGAAAAGUGGUGAUAGGCUAAGAUUGGUAAGAGGCUGGAAAGAGACCUUCAAAGCUAGCUCUGUGAAGAUAGGUGAAUCGGCCAUGUUCAAGCUGAUUUGGGAAGGAGACACAAGUUGUUUCCUUAAAUUCUGCUCUAAGACAAUUCCUGUAGCUUUCUUCUCAAAGUAUAUAGAAGGAAGAUAUGACCAGAAGAAGACUACGGCAAAGCUGAGGUCAGACGCGUCGAAGAUGACCUGGGAAGUGAAGAUAGAAGAUGGCCGGAGACUCACUGAUGGUUGGAAAGAGUUCGCUCUCGCACACGAUCUUCGAAUCGGUGACAUUGUCAUUUUCAGACAAGAGAAAGGCAUGUCUUUCCACGUCACACUGUUCGGACCAAGUUGCUGUGAGAUUCAGUAUGAGCCGUGUUUAGACGACGAGAACAAGCUUGGGAAGAUCCCAAAGAAGAAGAAAGUGAAGAAGAAUCCAAGAAAAGAAACAGAGUCUUCAUCUUGCUUUGCGUCAAACGUCACGCCUUCGUCACUACGUUAUGACGCAAUGAAUCUUCCAAGUAGUUUUGCGAGGGCAAAUGGUUUAGACACAAGACGUGGAGAGAUUGUUCUGAUGAAUAAAAAGGGUACAUCAGGGAGUUUAGCUUUAAAGCAAAGGAAAUCUGGAACUACUUACAUCAGAGGAGGGUGGAGAAGUUUCUGUAGUGCCAAUGGACUAAAGGCUGGAGAUUUCUUCACUCUAAAACUGAUCGGAGGUGGAAGAACUCUGGCUCUACGUUUGUCCACCACAAAGUCUGAAGAAGAAGAAGAAGAAGAAAAAGAGAACAACCUCGGUGAGUUGUGUACUGCCUCUCUCUCUAACUCUCAGACAUUCAAGAAAUGUGCUCAAGAGAUUCAGAGAAAGAAGAAAGUGAAGAAGAAUCAAGAAAGAGAAAUAGUGUCUUUUUCACUAGAUCCCUCUUGUUUUGUGGCUAAAGUCUCGCCUGCGACACUACGUUAUGACAAACUGGAUCUUCCAAGAAGUUUUGUGAGGGAAAAUGGUGUAGACGCAAGAUGUAGAGAGAUCGUUCUGAUGAAUAGAAAAGGUAAAUCAUGGACUUUAUCUUUGAGGAAAUCUUGUGGAACUAUGUAUAUGAGAGGGUGGAGAAGUUUCUGUCAUGCCAAUGGGCUUGAAGCUGGAGGUUUCUACACUUUCAAACUGAUCAAAAGAGGAGCAACUCUGGUUCUACGUUUGUCUUCCACAGAGUCCGAAGAAGAAGAGUGCUUAGGAGCUGAUGAAAUAGAGUCUCUUCCCACAGAAUCCGACAGCAAAGAAACGAGCAUUCAAGAUGAGAAAAAUGUCAAGAAACGUAGAAUAUCGAUGUGGAAAGCUUCGUCUUCAUCACCAUCCCAAAACCGAUUUGUGACAUUAACUCUUAAACCUUUCAACCUCAUAAAGUCUGUACUGUUUCUUCCAAUACGCUUCACGAGGAUGCAUGGAAUCAAUGAGGAAACUAAAAUGACUUUGUUAAAUAAAAACGGUGUGAAGUGGUCUACGGAUUUGCGGUAUGAGAAAAGUGGUGAUAGAAUAAGACUGGUCGGAGGUUGGAAAGAGUUCUUCAAAGCUAAGUGUGUGAAGGUAGGUGAAUCGGUCAUGUUCAAGCUGAUUUGGGAAGGAGACACAAGUUGUUUUCUCAAGUUCUGUUGUAAGGUGAAGCAAGAGACCUAA